AUGGUUGGUGGCGGUUCGUCUGGAGUUGGUCCGUCUGGAGCUGGUCUGUCUGGUAUGGCAAAUGUCCCGUCUGGGGAUGUUCCACCCGAUCCGCUAGCUGCAAUACAGCAGACGCUCGCUCAGUUGCUCGGACGUAUGGAUAAUUUUGAGGAACGCCUUGCUAAUAACAAUAACCCACCAUCACAUCAUGUUCGCCACGUUGAAGUCCCUGUUAACCCUCCGGAAGAAGACUUGAAUGCUCGUACAAUGUAUGUCAAAGACAUGAAGCCUGAAGACGUCGGUUUCUUUUAUCCAGACAUGGACGGUGAUGAACCUGUGAAGCAAAUCGGCCGUGACAUGUUCUAUAAGGAUGUUAAUGUCUUUGUCGAUCGCGUACGCGAUGUGGUUAAGUAUCGUGGUGAAAAACUCGUCAAGAGCAAUUUGCAGGCUUGCCUACGUGGUACUGCCCUGACGUGGUUUACCUCUGGUAUGUCAGAACUCGAAAAGUCGAUGAUUUCAGAAGCAAGUCUGGAAAACGGGUGGCUCAAAGGUCUUCUGGAUCGAUUUCGCCCCAGUCCGUCUGCGGCUCUGUUGAAGCUGGACCGUAUGCACUAUGGAUUCAAUGACGUGAAUACCAAGCCGAUUGGACAAUUCGCUCAAGACGUGAUACGGUAUGCCCGUGCAGCCCGCAUGGAAGAUCCAUUCAACCAGCUGUUAUGCCUAUGGAACCGCAUUGAUGCUCGUCUUCGUGUCACAUUGACCAAGCCGACAGAACAAACGUCUGUAGGAGCAUUCCUGAAGGAGCUAGAUGACCAACAACAAGAAUGGGAAGAUCUAGUCCGCACAACCAACAGGCAUGACAGUCGCAUGCGUGGUAAUGCCCCCCAGAACCAAUCCCAUGGUAACCAAGGACCCCGUAAUCAAGGAUAUCCCCAAGGACGAUAUGAUGAUCGUUCAAUUAAUCGUGACUACCGUGAUAACCGUUUCCGCAAUGCUGACAAUGCCCAAAGACACCCCCCUCCCUCGUUCCAGAAUCGGUGGCAAUCGAACUGGCAACAGAACUCGUGGCAGCCGAGUAGCCAGUGGCAGCCGCAUCGUGACUGGCAACAGCGUCCCUACCAAGGUGGUCAAACGCAAUACGGCUCGCAGUCGCAGCCGCAGCCGUCGAAUCAAGGCGUAAAUAAUCGACAACCCUGGAAUCAACGUAAUGAUCGUCUGGGUCAGAGUCAACAGUAUGGAAAUCGUCAGAACCAAAACACUAACUACAGAAACGCCAACUACAGCCAGCAAGACGCCCGGUCUAGUGAUAGCGAUCGUCCUGGUAAUCGCUCUGGCCGCUACCGCAACAAUGCGUAUAUCGCCAUGACUGAUCCUACCUUACCUGACGGUGUCAACAAUCCUAUCCCCGAACAGUACACUGGUCCCAAUAUCUAUGGUCCCCCUGGAGGAAGGUCGUCUGCCGGCCCUCCUGACUACCCGUAUGGUCCCGAAUACCAAUAUGUAGAGAAUGACCCGUAUGGCGAUCAUGAUCAAUAUGAUGACAAUUACGAGUAUGAUGAUCCUGGUGAUGAAAGCAAUGCGUAUUACGAGGAUUAUGGCAAUGCUUAUACAGCCGAAUACGUCGAGGACGACUAUACCAAGACUCCGGGCACAGUCCCUGUCACUACACAAGACGAUGCGUCUUUCGUCCCCUGCAAUAAUUGCAACAUGAUUCUGUCAUUGUGUCAGAUCGAUAUGACCAAGAAGUCGCAGACAUCGAGACAGAUGGUUUUGUCCUGCAGUCUCCUAAAUCUGCUACCGCGGAAGUCGGUUUAA